AGCGGCAGUUGGUGGCAGUAUCUUUAGUUGGUGGUACCGGCGCGAGGUGACCAUGAAGGUGCGGGAGUGAGGGGCGGGCGCGCGUGCGUGCACGCGAGGGGGUUGGGGGAGAGAGUGAUUCAGUGCGCGCGCUCGCUCACUCACUCACUCGCUGGCGUUCGCGCGAACCCGCCCGGGCCGGCGGCCUGGCAGCCGCGGAGCAGAGCGGCGGUCGGCGUGAGCGGGGGCCGCAGCGCCCAGGCGCGCCAUAUCAUGACAGCGUUAGCCGCCGCCUCCUUCUUCUCCAACAUCUGCAAUUUCGGCGGAUGCGGCCUCGCCUUCAACACCUUGGCAGAGCUCAUCGAGCACAUCGAAGACAUCCACAUAGCCAAAUUAGCCAAAUCUUGCUUGGGAGCCGAAAUCAGCAGCAAAGUAUUUGGAGAAAACGAUCCCAAGGUUUUGGAAAGACAGGAACAACAGCAGCCAUCUUAUAUCGCACUAAGUUAUAUCAACAGGUUUAUGACUGAAGCCGCUCGCCGUGAACGGGAACAAAUGAGAAAAAGACAUCAGGCCAAAUUAACGCCAGCUCUUUCCAGUCCUGUGGGAAGAGGAGGUACGCCUGCAUCACCUCACCCAGGCAAUGGGACCGCAGCUUUUCCAGGAACACCACCAGUUACACCAUCCUCUUCUGCCUGCAGUGGAACUCCAACUGGCAGUGAAUUAGAUGAAGAAGAAAUUGAAUGUGAAGAUUCUGACAGUGAUGAAUCAUGGACAACAGAAAGUGCUAUUAGCUCCGAGACUAUUCUAAGCUCAAUGUGCUUGAAUGGGGAUGAUGAGAAGCCAUUUGCUUGCCCUGUACCUGGCUGUAAAAAGAGGUACAAGAAUGUUAAUGGAAUCAAGUACCAUGCCAAGAAUGGCCACCGCACUCAAACCCGUGUCCGGAAAUGUUUCAAGUGCCGCUGUGGGAAAAGUUACAAGACUGCUCAUGGGCUUCGUCACCACACCAUCACCUUUCAUCCACCGGUGUCAGUUGAUAUGCUUAGAAAGAUGCAGUUGUGAGGCAUUUCUUCUCCCCCUCCUCCCCCCAUACCUGACAGAACUGCUAAUUGCAAACUCUGUGCUCUGCUAAGAGGGGUGAGUGAAGAGAUUGAAUUUUCCCUCAAGACUAAUUGUUACAAAUCUUGAAAAAAAUUGCUCUUUAUUCUUUAUUUUUAAAUGAACUGUUUCUGUAUAAAAUCAACUUUUUUUUAGUUAGAAAUUUGUAUUCCCAUAAUGGCAUCAAAUGCUGCUAACAAAUUAGAUACAGUAUUUUAUAUAUUAAUUUUGAAUUCCAGGGGAAGUACUUUAAUUGAUUUGUGCUUCAGAAAGGAUUUUUUUCAUUAUAAGCUACAACAUGCAAUUUUAGGUCACAACUUAAAAUUGAUGACAAUAAUUUUAUUUUUUUAUUGUAAAAUGUUUUUAAGAAUGUUAUCUGUUGUAUGGUAAGGUGCUGCUACACUUUAGACCCAGAUGUUUAAAACCUGGGGUCUAAAUAAAGGCUAGCUGCAUUAAUCAUUAUCAUUUAUAGAAUAGCAGCCUAUUUUGGUUGGGAGAUCGCCUUGACCAAUCCUUCCGUCAUAUACCACUGGAGUGAAUGCCAUGCAGUUGCCAGAUUUGUGUUGGACGUGCGAAGUAGGGAAGCAAUUCUCUUAAUUCUAAUAGAAAAUUUUCUCAAUCAAUUCAUGAAUUCAUUGACAGUUGUUUCAAAGUUAUCCGCAGUCCAAACAAAUCUUGAAGAAAAAUCUAUUUUAAAUAACUGAAAUGCUUGAUUUAAAGCUGGAAUCUAAGAUUGGAAAUUAGAUUUACUUGAUCUGGAAUUCUGUCAUAAGAAGUCAUUUUGUCAUGAGAAUAGAAAAGGAACGACCACGCUAGUUUGGUGGUUCGUAAAUAUGUGUGAGACUAAAUGCAGUGUCGCAAGUUAAAAUAUACUUAAUUUCUUGAGACAUAUGUUGGCCUUUAGUCUGCUAAAUCAGUGUGUGUGUGUUUAAUUAAAGCAGCAUGUGUACCAUAUGCUACUACAUAAGGUUUGCCUGUUUACAUCUAAAUAAUGUACUGUUGCAUUAAAAGAAAUUCUGUUGUCAGCAAGUUAA